CACAGUCACCAUGACCUUGCUGCCAGUGAACACAACCUCACUGCCAGUAAAAAUGAUCUCAGCACCAUUCAACACGACCUCACCACCGUUCACCACAACCUUGCUGCCACUCAACACGACCUCAGUGCCACUCAGCUCGACCUCAGUGCCACUCAACAUGACCUCACCACCAGUUACCACAACCUCACCUCCAGUCACCACGACCUCGCUGCCAGUAAACACAACCUCACCGCCAGUCACCACAACCUCACCACCAGUCACCACAACCUCGCUGCCACUCGACACCACCUCAGUGCCACUCAACACCACCUCACUGCCAUUCAACACAGCUUCACCACUAUUCACCAUGACGUCGCUACCACUCAACACGAUAUCAGAGCCACUCAACACAACCUCACCACUAUUCAUCACGACCACACUGCCACUCAACAUGACCUCAGUGCCACUAAACAUGACCUCAGUGCCACUCAAGAUGACCUCACUACCUGUGAACAUGACCUCUGCGCCACUGAACACGACCUUGCUACUAGUGAACACAACCUCACUGCCACUCAGCAGUACCUCUGCACCACACAGCACAACCUCGCUACCAGUCAAUGUGACGUCACCGCAACUCAACGUAACCUCAACACAAGUCGGUACAAUCUCAGUCCAACCAAUCUCCACCAUUUCAAACCCAGGCAGUGCAACGUCUCCACCCAUAAAUGGAACAUCAGCUCAACUAGAUUUCACAAGUAGUGUUCUGGUGACAACAGCUCCUCUUAAUGCUACAGCUGGCACUACUGCUGCCACAACUACAGUGCUCAGUGAAACAGCCACUUCCACUGCUGCACCAGUUAUUUCAACCACCACUGCAUCAACAAAUCCACCUUCAUCCAGUGAGGGAACCCUGGGUCUUCAUUUUAGACUCAAACGAAUGUUUACACCGGAUCUCUCCAACUCAUCCUAUGCAGCGUACCAGACAUUAGCCACAUUAGUGGUCAACGUGAUAAACAUGGAAUGUGCAAAGCUGUUUGGACCAUCUUUCAGUCGCUCCCUCAUCAACUCAUUCAGGAAUGGAUCAGUAGUCGUUGACUCGACCCUUGUAUUCGCAAAUCAAAGCUCAGUUCCUCCACCAAGCAAUGCAACUUCACAACUCAGGAUUGCACUCAACUUUACAUCUCUGGACAUAAUACUAGACAGCAUUAAUAUAACUGCUUCUCCUGCUGCUUCCACCGCUGCACCUAAUGUUACAGCUGCCCCUAUGACAGCUGCCCCAACUGCAACUCCUAAUGCUACGGAAUCUCCUACUGCUGCCCCGACAGCGGCUCCCAGCAUUACAGCAGCUCCAACUGCAGGUCCAAAUGCAACAGCUGCCCCUACAGCAGUUCCUAAUACUACAACUACCGUGACAGUGGCUCCCAACAUUACAGCGGCUCCAACUACUGCUCCUAAUGCUACAGCUACCCCGACAGCAGCUCCUAAUACUACAGCUGCCCUGACAGUGGCUCCCAAUAUUACAGCGGCUCCAACUACAGCUCCUAAUGCUACAGCUACCCCGACAGCAGCUCCUAAUACUACAGCUGCCGUGACAGUGGCUCCCAACAUUACAGUGGUUACAACUACAGGUCCUAAUGCUACAGCUACCCCUAUUGCAGCUCCUAAUGCUACAGCUGCCCUGACAGUGGCUCCCAACAUUACAGCGGCUCCAACUACAGCUCCUAAUACUACAGCUGCCCUGACAGUGGCUCCCAACAUUACAGCGGCUCCAACUACAGCUCCUAAUGCUACAGCUACCCCUACAGCAGCUCCUAAUACUACAGCUACCUCUACAGCAGCUCCUAAUACUACAACUGCCCUGACAGUGGCUCCCAACAUUACAGCGGCUCCAACUAAAGGUCCUAAUACUACAGCUACCCCUACAGAAGCUCCUAAUACUACAGCUGCCGUGACAGUGGCUCCCAACAUUACAGUGGUUACAACUACAGGUCCUAAUGCUACAGCUACCCCUAUUGCAGCUCCUAAUGCUACAGCUACCUCUACAGCAGCUCCUAAUACUACAGCUGCCCUGACAGCGGCUCCCAACAUUACCGCGGACACAACUACACCUCCUAAUGUUACAGCUACCCUGACAGCAGCUCCUAAUACUACAGCUGCCCUGACAGUGGCUCCCAACAUUACAGCGGCUCCAACUACAGCUCCUAAUGCUACAGCUACCCCGACAGCAGCUCCUAAUACUACAGUGGCUCCCAACAUUACAGCGGCUCCAACUACAGCUCCUAAUGCUACAGCUACCCCGACAGCAGCUCCUAAUACUACAGCUGCCAUGACAGUGGCUCCCAACAUUACAGCGGCUCCAACUACAGCUCCUAAUGCUACAGCUACCCCUACAGCAGCUCCUAAUACUACAACUGCCCUGACAGCAGCUCCCAACAUUACAGCGGCUCCAACUACACCUCCUAAUACUACAGCUGCCCUGACAGUGGCUCCCAACAUUACAGCGGCUCCAACUACAGCUCCUAAUGCUACAGCUACCCCUACAGCAGCUCCUAAUGCUACAGCUGCCGUGACAGUGGCUCCCAACUUUACAGCGGUUACAACUACAGGUCCUAAUGCUACAGCUACCCCUACAGCAGCUCCUAAUACUACAACUGCCCUGACAGUGGCUCCCAACAUUACAGCGGCUCCAACUACAGGUCCUAAUGCUAAAGCUACCUCUACAGCAGCUCCUAAUACUACAGCUGCCCUGACAGUGGCUCCCAACAUUACAGCGGCUCCAACUACAGCUCCUAAUGUUACAGCUACCCCUACAGCAGCUCCUAAUGCUACAGCUGCCCUGACAGUGGCUCCCAACAUUACAGCGGCUCCAACUACUGCUCCUAAUGCUACAGCUACCCCGACAGCAGCUCCUACUGCUACAGUUACCCCUACCCCUACAGCAGCUCCUAAUGCUACAGCUGCCCUGACAGUGGCUCCCAACAUUACAGCGGCUCCAACUACAGCUCCUAAUGCUACAGCUACCCCUACAGCAGCUCCUAAUACUACAACUGCCCUGACAGUGGCUCCCAACAUUACAGCGGCUCCAACUACAGCUCCUAAUGCUACAGCUACCCCUACAGCAGCUCCUAAUACUACAACUGCCCUGACAGUGGCUCCCAACAUUACAGCGGCUCCAACUACAGCUCCUAAUGCUACAGCUACCCCUACAGCAGCUCCUAAUACUACAACUGCCCUGACAGCAGCUCCCAACAUUACAGCGGCUCCAACUACACCUCCUAAUACUACAGCUGCCCUGACAGUGGCUCCCAACAUUACAGCGGCUCCAACUACAGCUCCUAAUGCUACAGCUACCCCUACAGCAGCUCCUAAUACUACAGCUGCCCUGACAGUGGCUCCCAACAUUACAGCGGUUACAACUACAGGUCCUAAUGCUACAGCUACCCCUACAGCAGCUCCUAAUACUACAACUGCCCUGACAGUGGCUCCCAACAUUACAGCGGCUCCAACUACUGCUCCUAAUGCUACAGCUCCUAAUGCUACAGCUACACCGACAGCAGCUCCUAAUACUACAACUGCCCUGACAGUGGCUCCCAACAUUACAGCGGCUCCAACUACAGCUCCUAAUGCUAAAGCUACCCCUACAGCAGCUCCUAAUACUACAGCUGCCCUGACAGUGGCUCCCAACAUUACAGCGGCUCCAACUACAGCUCCUAAUGUUAAUGCUACCCCGACUGCAGCUCCUAAUACUACAGCUGCCCUGACAGUGGCUCCCAACAUUACAGUGGUUACAACUACAGGUCCUAAUGCUACAGCUACCCCGACAGCAGCUCCUAAUGCUACAGCUACCCCUACCCCUACAGCAGCUCCUAAUACUACAGCUGCCCUGACAGUGGCUCCCAACAUUACAGCGGCUCCAACUACAGCUCCUAAUGCUACAGCUACCCCUACAGCAGCUCCUAAUACUACAGCUGCCCUGACAGUGGCUCCCAACAUUACAGUGGUUACAACUACAGGUCCUAAUGCUACAGCUACCCCGACAGCAGCUCCUAAUGCUACAGCUACCCCUACCCCUACAGCAGCUCCUAAUACUACAGUGGCUCCCAACAUUACAGCGGCUCCAACAGCAGGUCAUAAUACGACAGCUGGCACUACUGCUGUCACGACUACAGUUACCAGUGAAACAACCACUUCCACUGCUGCACCAGCUAUUUCAUCCGCCACUGCAUCAACAAACCCACCUUCAUCCAGUGAGGGAACCCUGGGACUUCAUUUUAGACUCAACAGAAUAUUUACACUGGAACUCUCCAACUCAUCCUCAGCAGCAUACCAGGAAUUAGCCACAUUAGUGGUCAUCGUGAUAAACAAAGAGUGUUUAAAGCUGUUUGGACCAUCUUUCCUUCGCUCCCUCAUCAACUCAUUCAGAAAUGGAUCAGUAGUUGUCAACUCGACCCUUGUGUUUGCAAAUCUAAGCUCAGUUCCUCCACCAAGCAUUGCAACUUCACAACUCAGGAUUGCACUCAACUCUACGUCCCUGGACAUAAUAGAAGACAGCAUCAAUAUAACUGCCCUGACAGCAACUCUUAAUGCUACAGCUUCUCCUACCACUGCCCUGACAGCGGCUCCCAGCAUUACAGCGGCUUCAACUGCAGGUCCACAUGUAACAGCUGCCCCUACUGCAGCUCCCACUGUUACUUCAACUGCUGCUCCUACAUCUCCUUCCACCACUACAACAACUACCACCACCGCUGCAUCAACAAAUCCUCCUACCUUCAGCGAGGGAACCCUUGGCCUUACGUUUCGUCUUAACCAAGAAUUUACAUCAGAUCUCUCCAACCCAUCAUCAGCAGCGUUCCAGACUUUAGCUGCAUCAGUUGUCAGAGGGGUAAACAGAGUGUGUGGAGAGCUGUUUGGAUCAUUUUUCCGUCGCUCCAUCGUCAACUCAUUCAGGAGUGGAUCAGUGGUUGUCAACAUGACCCUUGUGUUCACAGAUAAAAACUCUGUUCCUUCAGCAAGCACUGCAACUUCACAACUCAGUAGUGCACUUACGAGCACCUCUACGUCCCUGAACAUUAUACCGGGCAGCGUGUCUGUGGAGUCAACAUCAACAUCAAGCAGUUCUCUUCGUCCCACAGUGGGCUCAUUGGCAGUCUUUUCCCUAACACUGCUGGCUGUGGCACAGAUACUGAUAGACUUAUAGCCUGCAGGCCAAAAGCUUUUAUCAGCUUUAUCAGCAGAAAAAAGCUGUGUACCAACAAACAAAAGACAUAACAAGUGUGCAUUAUGAAAUUUACCAAUAUUAUGACAUGUAGUAAAAAGAUGUGGAUUUUGUGCCAAAAUUGAGAGUUUCUCAGUAUUCUCAACAUUUGAUUUUGGUACUUCACUUCCAUUUUAUUUAAAGAACUAAUCAUUAAGAUUACAAGAUCAAAAACAGUAUAUUUUAUAUGUUUUGGGCAUUUGUGUAGCAGUUGCCAUUCAAUGUAUUUGUUUUGUGAAUGCCUCUUUAUAUGCUAUGUUUCAUGUGGCAUUGUUAACAUUUAAAAAAUGCAAAUACAUGCUGUAGAGUAAAAUGUACUAUAUUUAUUUCCAAUAAAAAGCAUUUUACAAUUCAGCAGGACACAGUUUACACCCAGUGACAUUGUUCAGUGCGAAUGUGCAAGUGCAAUGUGAAAGUGUGCAGUUAACUUUGUGUGGUGGAGUUUUAAACCUAUUUAACCAUGACGAACUUUCCCUAAAUAUAACCAUGUAGUUUAUUCUCUCUUACUAUGUUUAUUAUUAUGUGCCAAAACACCAAGCAAAUUCCUUGUAUGUGAAGACCUACUUAACAAUAAACCCAAUUCUGAUUGUGA